AACAACAAAGUGGGUGAAAAUCAUUUAUCAUCAAAUCAUUAACAUCAUUAUCAUUAUCGUUAAAAUCAUUAUCAUCAUGUUGCUCCCAUUUCAGAAAGCUAGAAGGCCAGCAGUGGCAGCUCACCCACAGGGGCAAGUAGGGCAGAUCUCCACCAAAUACACUCUUUAUCAGGAUUAGCCAAUCAUGUAGCAGCAGUGCAAUGCACAAAAAAAAAUCUUACAAAUACAGGUCAAGAGUGGAGGCAAAUGUGAUCUUAGUGACUUCAACCAGGGCAUCGUUGUUGGUGCCAGACAGGCUGGUUUGGGGGUUUUUGGGGGAUUUAUGCAUAGAAUGGUGCAAAAAAACAAAACAAAAUAUAUAUUCAGUGAGCAGUAGUUCUGUUGAUAAGAGAGGUCUGGAUAGUUGAAGAUUGGAAACCAUGACAAGGUCUUUUUCACCUGAUCACACCAGGAGCAAUGGAGCAGUCAGGGCAUUUAAUGCCACCCAUCUUUUAGAGGUUAUAAUAACGUAUAAACACCAUACACACUUUAAAUCUCAUUGGUGGUCUGCUUUUUUGCAUUUUAUUUACUUAGGAAAAAGGACAUUAGUCAGAAUGUCACGAAAUAAACGUAAUGGACGUUAGGAUGGAUGCAAAGGCAGAUAAGAGCUUUUAUUUAAAGAGAGGCAGGCAGACAAAUCCAAAUAAUCAGAAGAUAGUACAUCAACGAACAGGCAAUGGGUCAGGCGAUUGGCAAACAGUCAUAAAUGACGCAAAACCAGAAACAAGAACAAAACCAGAAUCAAGAACGAGAUCAAAACAAGACAACAAGAACCGAUAACAAAUGCUUGGUAUACAGAAAAUUCACGUAAUAUUUCACAAAGUCAUAGGGUUAGAACAGUCUCUUAUAUACGGUGGUUGUGUGUGUGUGUGUGUGUGUGAGAUUGGAUGCAGGUGUGUGUGAUUAGAAUGAGUGUGAGUGUUCUGUAUGUGUGUAUGUGUUGUGUGUGUGUGAUUAGAAUGAGUGUGAGUGUUCUUAAUGUAUGUGUGUAUGUGUGUGAGAGAGAGAGAGAGAGAGAGAGAUUGGAUUGGAUUGGAUUGGAUUGGAUGCAGGUGUGUGUGUGUGUGUGUGUGUGAGAGAGAGAGAGAGAGAUAGAUUGCAUGCAGGUGUGUGAUUAGAAUGAGUGCGAGUGGUGUGUGUGUGUGUGUGAGAGAGAGAGAGAGAGAGAGAGAUUGGGUGCAGGUGUGUGUGAUUAGAACGAGUGUGUGUGUGUGUGUGUGUGUGUGUGUGUGUGUGUGUGAGUGUGAGUGUUCUGGGAAUUGCAGUCCAUGGCGGCCAUGUUUGUAUGCUGCCAUGCAGUAUGGGAAAUGUAGUCCCUGGUUUGCUGUGACAUGACACAGAAGACAUCACUUGAUUAGAAUCAUGUGGGACUGUGGGACGCUGUGACCAUUUCUGAGACCUAAAAUGAGAUAUAAAACAAAAUUAAACUUAGCCACCAGAGGUAAUUAAUCCCUCAGGAAAUAAACAGUUGAGUAUGUUAAUGCUUCCUAUGCUAGAUUUAUUUUAAUUUUUUUUGUCUCAAAACUCAACCCUUGAAAAUCUCAAUAAUUCAAUAAUUUACAAUCUUUAUCCAUUUCCUGGUUACCAUUGUCGUUUAUUUGUUUUGUUUUUUUGUUUUUGUUUGUUUUUAGAGCGAGAGAGAAUCUAAAUAAUUUGUUUUAAAUUAGCCAUUAUUUAUUAUUUUCAAUCUACAGCAGAAACAAAAAAUAGGGAUUGUUUUCUAGUUACGCUUCGCCCUCCCUCCCUCCCUCCCUCGCGCAUGCGCAGUGUGUCCAGGACAACCACCCAGUCUGCAAGAGGAAUUGUACAGACGCUGAAUAAACGCUUUAAGAUGGCCAGCAGAACCGAGUCCAUCAAGGACCUUUGCACCCCAGCUUUCGUUGUGGACCUGGACAUUGUGAGAAGAAACUCAGACGCGAUGCAGGACCGCUUCCUGAGGCUCGGAGUGCAGCUCCGACCUCACAUGAAAACCCAUAAGACACUUGAAUGUGCAGACAUCAUGACCAGGAACUCACGAAGGUGCAUUGUGGUGUCCACGUUGGCCGAGGCUUCUUUCUAUGCUGAUGGUGGUUAUGAUGAUAUCCUUUAUGCAUAUCCAGUAACCUCUGACAAAGUAAAGCGCUGUGCAGAGUUGUCUGAGAGGCUUUCUUUAUUCCAUGUACUGCUGGACAACAGCUUGGCUCUGCAAGAGCUGAAGGCGAGACCACUGAAGCAGGGUAAAGUCUGGCAUGUGUGGUUGAAACUGGACUGUGACAAUGGUAGAGCGGGCGUACCUCACUCCGAUCCUGCUGCCCUGCAGUUAGCCAAGGACAUUUCAGAGACAGAAGGGGUGGAGCUUACAGGAAUCUACGCUCACUGUGGAAACACCUACGGCUGUAAGGGGGAGGUGGAAAUUAAGGCUGUUGCCCAGGAAACGACAAAUAUUGUGCUGCAGUUUGUGAAGAAGCUAAAAGCUGUAGGAAUCCAUGACGUGCUAUCUAGCAUUGGUUCUACUCCUUCAUGUAGCCACCCAGUUUUAGACAUGGCUAUGUUAAGUGAGGUCCAUCCUGGAAAUUAUGUAUUUUACGAUGUGCAGCAGUCGCUCAUUGGCUCCUGUAGACAUGAGGACAUUGCAGUGCGGGUGCUGACAAGGGUCAUAGGUCACUACCCACAUAGGAACCAGCUCCUGGUCGACUGCGGCUGGGCCGCCUUGAGUCAUGAUGGUGGAGGCCGUUUGCCUACAGGCUACGCAAUCAUCGAGAACCAUCCAGAACUAAAAUUGGUGUCAAUGACUCAGGAACAUGGCAGAGUGGAGCCUAUCUCUGGAAAACUGGAUUUCAGUCAGUUCCCUCUGGGCUCCAUGCUGUCCCUCAUGCCUUACCAUGCUUGUGCUACAGCUAUGAUGCAUCCAGUCUACAUUGUCCAUUCCAAAGGAAAGGUUGUAGGCACUUGGACACCCACACGUGGAUGGUAACCAGCCAAAAUAAAUAAAUAAAAAAUAAAACACAGCAAGACUUCUUUCAGGAGUACUUAUUAAUCAUUCAGCUAUUAAAAAAGGGGAGAAAUGGUUUAGUAAAUAACAAAAAUUUGAAGAAUGUGUUCAGUUUGAACUUUAUUAACGGUUGGGGUAUAGCAAUGAAAAUGAAUGAACUAAAUCAGCGUUUCCUAUGAUCUAUAAGAUGGUACAAGGCUCAUCAGAUCGAGGUACCUAAAAGAUUUUCUGUGCAUUUUAAAAUCAAAUAAACUAAUGAAAACACUGAUCUGUUUUCACAGAAGUAAAAAUUUUACCCUUGCAAGGUUAAAGAUAAACGCUAAAAAAUGUUCUUACCGCACAUUAUUGUACAGACCUACACUACUGUACUGUAUGUACUGUAUAUCACCAAAAGAAUACGAACACCUGACCAUCACACCCAUAUGUAGUUCUUCCUCAAACUGUUACCACGACAUUGCAAGCACACAAUUGUACAGGAACUCUUUGUGUGCUGUAGGGUUACAAUUUCCUUUCAUUGGAACUAAGAGGCCCAAACCUGCUCCAGCAUGACAAGGCCCCUGAGCACAAAGCGAGGUCCAUGAAGACAUGGUUUGUUAACGGUGAAGUGGAAGAACUCCAGUGUCCUGCACAGAGCCCUGACCUCAAUCCCACUGAACACCUUUAGGAUGAACUGGAACACCGAUUACACUCCAGACCUCCUCGUCACCCCGACAUCAGUGUCUGAUCUCACUAAUGCUCAUGUAGCUGAAUGAUCACACAUCCCCACAGCCACGCUCCAAAAUCUAGUGGAAACCCUUCCCAGAAGAGUGGAGGUUAUUAUAACAGCAAAGGGGGACUAAAUCUGGAAUGAGAUGUUCAGAAAGCACAUUUGGGUGUGAUAAUCAGGUGUCCACAUAGUUUUGGCACUAUAGUGUAACUGUAUGAAAAUGGGUGUAGUAAACGUGAUCCCAGGAGGCUGUGGUGCAUAAAGAUAGAAUCCCAAAGGCUUCCUCACUCUACUAUAUUUUAUUUUAGGUGUGUACUUAUCUGUGUACGUAAUGCAUAGGCUGCUCCUCUCACCACAUGAUGCAGUGUGUCUACAAUUCCACUGCUAAACAAACGUGUGAAUCAAGAACUCAUUGAUUUUAAGCUAUGUUCAUUAGAUUUUUAUUGACUAACUACACAUGUUUUAGUGUAGAAUAUGAAUGGUCUCGUUAAGUAUAAACGCACAAAUGCAGUUCUCAAAUGUAUUUUGAUUUAUGAAUGUGCAAAUGUUGUUAAUUUUUUUUUCCGAUGUUAGAUUUGUAUUAUUAAUAAAAUGUAUGAAAAU